ACGUCUUCAUGCCAGUCCGGCAGGGUGAUGAACCAAGAGUUUUGAAUUCAGGAAUUUACUUGCAGGCAUCAGACUAAGCAUAAAGAUGCAGAUUAUUGAAGUUCCUAUGAUGUGUCCAAUUUAAACACUUGGGUUGGAUUUACUUUAUACGGGAUGCUGAAUGUGCUGUUCCGGCAUUGGCCAGAGGUGAUGUAAUACCCUCUAAAUAAUGCAUGGCCUUAAGAAAGUGAAAGACCAUGAGCCAGAAUGCACAGGCAGAGGAAAUCGAUGUCAGUGUGAGAGCGAGGGAAACCUGCAAGAAUCUGGGAAGAAGAGAGCAUCACAAGAAAGGAAAUAGCAACUGACAGUGAAGAACCUCAUCCCAGUACAACAAGAUGAUCUGACCAUCUCCAAACCCAGAAUGUUGAAACCUUGGGUGGACCAUUGCUCCUUGUACCACAUUUCAGUCCCUUUUAUUGAGAUACCUCUGCCUCCUGAUUUGAGUGCAUGCAACACCUAGAAUAAACCAUGCCGAGAUAGGAUUUAACCAUACUUAGCGACCGCUUAGCUUAAAACAACAGAAACGACAAGCCAUGGCUUGUUAACAGUGUCUGGAAGGGAGUCCAGCCUUCAAGGAAAAACACAUUUUGCCAGACGACUUCUUGAGCUUAGACAGCAGAUGGUUAAUUGUUGUGGCCUUGAGGCCAGUGGAAUCCAUCUGUCUUUCCAAAGUUUUUUCUCUAUUCCAUAAAAGUGUUGAUGCGAUGGAAGGCUCUGAGGUUGAGGACAUCAGUCCAGCCCUUGAGGUGACCGAGGACUACCUGCACUGCUUUGACAGUAAUCAAGAAGCUGGACAAGUUUGCCCUCCCAAACUGAAAGGGGUGUCAACUCUGGACAAGUUGAACUGUAGUGGGGUUUGGGGCUUGCUGACUGGAGAACAGCCUGAGAUAUCGUCUCACAACCUUGCCUGGGCUGAACAAACCUCCUUUAGUGUACUCGGCCUAAAGAAUGGAAAGAGGAACCGAGCCCGGUCUACGAACGAUUUGGCCGCCCACGCCAAAGAGACCAACUCCACCGGGACCUCUGGUGGGGGCUUUAAACGAGGGCACAACAGAUCACGAUCAGACGUCAACUACCGGACAUACACUGAUAACGGUGUACCAGCCAUCGACAAGAACAUUCUUAAAAACAUGGCGCUAAAUGAUCAAAUGAAAGGCAGUAAGGAGAGCACCACUACUCUGGUAAAACAGGGGAUUUUGGAGCACAGGGAGGGCCCUUGGGGUCGCUGGAAUACCUGCCAUGUGGAGCUCACACCCUGCGAGCUGCGGAUCUACAGCGUGGACAACAGUGGGAACAGGCAGCUGUGUACAGCCCUGUCACUGUCACACUGCCAGAGCGUGGGUGCACCUCAGCCUCAGGACGGCCACGUGCUGCAAGCACUUUUCUUCAACAGCACUCGGUUGCAGCUCCGUGCUUCCUGCCACUGGGAGGCUCUGGAGUGGCGUCGGCUCCUUUGGGAACGUGUCCUGGUUGCUCGUCCAGCUCAUCGUCAGGGCGAACCGUCAUCUGCUGCUUCUCCGAAUCCCCACGACAUGGAUCCCACUGCGGUCUCUGUGCCAACAACUCGUCCACUGGUGCGUCCCAAGGCCUUGCCCUUAUUCACCCAGCACUGUGCCGAUGUGCUCAAAGUAGGCCUUCUGUACCAACUCAGUGACCUCAAUAACUGGAGCGCCUUCACCUUUGUGCUCAGCCGCACCCAACUGCAGGCCUUCCAGACCGAAGGCCGAGGGCCAGUGUGUGAGCCCGUCCUGCGGUUCACUCUCGCUUCUUGCUUGGCCGUACAGCGGGAUGAGACCGAUAAGGAGUCUGUGGUCGCCCAGGCCAUCUUCCCAGAUGAGGUGCUGCGUCUGCGGGCCGAAAGUGAGCCCCAGGCCCAGGACUGGGUGGAGGCCGUGCGUACAGCCGUCGCUGCCCAGAGACCUCAAGGAGAAAACAGCCGUAUAGCGCCACCUGGAGUACUAAUGAGGAGCAGGCCAGCUCGGGAACGUCGCCAAAGGGAGGCCCAGAGAGCUAAGCGUCAAUCUGUUACAACAAGCUUCCUGAGCAUUCUCACUUGUUUGGCUGUGGAGAAAGGCCUUACUGCUCAAAGCUUCAGAUGUGCAGGAUGUCAGAGGCCAGUGGGUUUGUCUCGAGGCAAGGCUAAGGUUUGCUGCUACAGUGGAUGGUACUAUUGCCAGAGCUGCCACCAGGACAACCUUUUCCUUAUUCCUGCUCGACUGCUGCAUAACUGGGACACGAGCAAACACAAGGUGUCCAAGCAAGCGAAAGAGUUCCUGGAGUUUAUUUAUGAGGAGCCCUUGCUGGACGUGAAGCAGUUAAACCCAGGCCUCUACGAACACUCGGAACCUCUAGCUGGUGUGCUGAAGCUGCGGCAGCAACUCAAGUCUCUCAGGGCUUAUUUAUUCAACUGCCGGGCCACCGUAGCCGAGGACCUGCGUCGCAGGAUUUUUCCAAGGGAAUACCUGUUACAGCACAUUCACCUGUACUCUCUGGCCGACCUCCAGCAGGUAAUAGAUGGGAAGCUGGCUCCUUUCCUCUCCAAAGUGAUCAAGUUUGCCAGUUCCCACGUGUACAGCUGCAGUCUGUGUCGAGAAAAAGGCUUCAUCUGUGAGCUCUGCCACAACGGCCAGAUUCUCUACCCUUUCCAGGAGAACGCCACGAAGAGGUGCGAGGGAUGCGGAGCGGUGUUCCACACCGAGUGCCGGAUGCGUGCCCAACCUUGUCCACGCUGCGUUCGCCGAGAGCUGCACAAGAAACCGCCUUCGUUCUGGAAGAAGCACAACCACAGUGGGAGCCCAGAUGACGACUGCUGCUUUGAGCUGGACACCUGAGCCACAGCUCUGAGAGCCAGGGAGCCUCUCUCCCUCUCAGCUGGGCCGCUCCGGCAGGCCUGUUUUACUGACCGACAGCCAACUACGGCUGAGUCUCUGCAUGUGCGCAUCCACGAGUGACCACGCUGUGUGGGCACUGUAGAAGAGCUCUGUGUUUGUCGACAAGGAACAGAAGGGUUUUAUUGUUUUGGGUUUUCAAUUGCCUCUCUUUUUUUUCUCUCUCUCCUUCUCUCUCUCGUCCUCUCUUCACUCUCUCCUCCGCUCACCUGAGAGAUAGGGUACACGCAGACAAUACUUCACUCCCUGAAGAGGAGAGGUUUCAUAAUGAUACCAAUUUGCCCUCUCCUUUCAUCUACCAAAUGACAGCCGGGCCAACCGGCAAAUGCGGAUCCGAGUGGAGUACACUCUCAUGCUAGCGUGUAAACACACUCUAGCAGUCCGGCACCAAAUAAUUCAGUCUUCAGAAAUCUAAGGCCAAAUCAUUUCCUCUGCACAACAGAGCAUCUAAUCCAUUAACGGCCACGCUACGAUUGGAUGCUGACUAUCGGGUCCAGGCGAAAAUGCCUUCUAAGCCUAUAGACUGGACAGGAAUACCUACAUCACACUGUCUUCCUCUCUGCAUUCCUGCACAACCUCUGAGAUCAGGCUUUUUAGUAAAGGAAAAGAAAUUAGCGUGGUUUUUUUUUUCUUUCAGGUGAAAAAAAUGCUUGGUGCCAUAAUUACCACUGGACAGAGGACUAAGAUUUGGGGAAACCCCCUUUUAGAAUCUCACGCACCCAAACAAAACAUGCACAAUGGUUUGGACUCUAGUGAAGUGACUCUUGGUUGAAGUGAAAGAGAAGUUGGCAUCUCGUCCUGUACAGCUGGAAGUGAAGUUUAUCGCUGCUCAGUGCCCACUGCCUAUAUGCAGCUGAGCCACGGUCCUUCGUCAACCGCUGGCUCUUUGAUUACAAACUACCCCCAGCCACAAGGUCCCAAAUUAUAGUCCCGAGCGCCUGGGCUUUGUUUAGCAUUGGUACACCCAGUCCAACACGGAUCGCGGAGAAAACCCGCCCACUGACGCGCUCGUUACUCACGCCGUCCACCCGUACCGCAGGACUGGCUCCGUAUCAGUCGCCUGUCUCACUGGGUGUACGUUCACUCUACAUUUUCUGGCUACUUGAACUAAGCACUGGCAAUAAUAUCACUCCUUUUCCUUUUUGCUUUAUUUUUGUUAUUUCGCUGCCUUAUUUGACCUCUCGGUUCUCAUCGCCUUUUUUUUUUUUUAAAGGGACAACGAAACGUUUUUGCUUGAAUUUCUCUCCUUUUUUUUCCUCCCCUAUGCAAAUGAAAUAGGCUAAGUGACCGUUUUCUUGUGCUACAAAAACCCCAUAGACGACUUCUCACUUCCCACUCGAUUUCACAAUUUUCCACGUUUAUUUUCCUUCCGAGUCACGGAGGCGAGGUCACGAUCAGCUUUCAGCUUCUUUCCGUCCACUCUACCAGCAACCUUUUAAACCCUGUGUUAUUUUUUCGAUUCUGUAAAUGUUGAUGGAUAAAAUUAUUUAUUGUUCUGACUUACAUGCAGUUACAACUGAUAGACGAAUCCUAGAGGAAUUACGUUUUUUUCCGCACUACUACAAGCAAAUAGGUCAACUUGUAUACGUUGUCAACUUGAAUAUGAAGUUGAAGUUGACUCGAUUAAAUCCUUGUGUCGUUUUUUUUUAUGUAUUAUAUUGAAUUAUGUUUAUUUUGUUUAUUAUUUUGUAAAAAGAAAUCGUUCAUGUAUUUCAUUAGAGAGCAGCUUUUUUUUUGGGUCCAAGACUACAUUGUGUUUACUUUUACCAGAGUUGAAGGAAAGGGGAGGAUGUAUAUGUGUUUCUAGACGUACACUGAAAGACUGAAUUCUCGUGCCACCUUUGAAUUCUUUGCUCCAAAUUUGACUUUAUGAAUUAAACCUCUUUCUAGUACACACUUUGCCUGCCUUAAACUAAACGCCAGUACAAUUGCCUGUUGAUAAUUAUUGUGCAUUAGUAACACAGUGUUCUCAUGGUCUAAUCAGUAGUUCAGAUUGUACAGCGCUUUCAAUUAUUAGACCCUUAGGUGACUUUCUCAGCAGGUUUGCACUAAACACUGGCGGUUUAAUUAUCUGCUGUACCGCAAAAAAAGCCCUGUCCUGGCACUUUUACUGCAUCCCAGAUAAUGUAUUUAGACUGAAACUUUGUUCGUUGUAAGUAUUUAUUAGCAUAGUUGCACUAGUCGGAGUUAGUUAGCUAGUUAGAAAGGCGAAAGAUUGAAAGGUUUAUGUUGAGCCACAAACAUAGACAGAUUGACAGAUUCACUGGAACUGUAGAGUGAUUUUUUGAAAAGGCAUUCCUUCAGGUUGGUAGGAUAAUGAUGACCAUGAUGAGGAUCAUUUUAAGUCUGAAUUUAUUUCAGCUGUUGAGAUCUGAUUUCCGACGGCUGUAGCAUCCUCGACAAACCAUUCCGUGACCUCUCAUGACCUUUAAAAAAAGUAGGCGGAGUCACCGUGUGAGAGCCCGCAAUCGCCAUAGGAUGAAGAUCAUCAGCCGGAAGAAUUUCCUUUCCAUUUCUCACUGUACAUUCUUGCUCUUAUUCUGACGUGAAGAUCCUCCACGGAUAGUUUAGACAAACCCGGGAUGUCGGGGAUUACCUGUAGUAUUAUCGAUUAGUCUGGGAUUGUGGGAACUUCUUAGCGUUGCUCUCUUCAGGGAUUUUAAACACACUCCAGAUAGCGAGAAAGCAACAGGACUGAGUCGCAGAUGUGCAGUCACUCGGUUUUUUUUUUUAUUAUUUUUAUUAGAACCUUUUUUCUACACCUUUAUUACAGGUUAAAACAGGAUCUCGUAACGGUUUAAUCCACUCUGCUGCGCUGCGCUGUAUAUAUUUCAGUGAUCCAUAUAUCAGCAGUUGGUUUCAACAGUAUUUAUUGUAUUUAUGUUCUAUUUAUGUUCGACUGUGUCUGAGCCUGGUUCUGCUUUUUUUUUCCUUCCCCUUCUGUCAUCCAAAAACUUUACACCACAGACAACCUCUUAUGCAAAUCUGAAAAUCGUAUCGGUUUCUUUCGUUUUGCUUUUUUGUCACCAAUAAAGUAAGUAACCUAA